AUGUUCCACACCUUUGAACUCCGCCACAACAACCCGCGCACCGCGACUCGAGAAGAACGCCGUGGACGACGACCCGGAUUACGAGCCUGCAAAGAAUGUCGUCGACGCAAGAUCCGCUGCACGGGGACGCAUCCUUGUGAGCCGUGUCUGUACUACAAGAAGCCCGAGCUGUGCCGCUAUUCGGAUCCCCGAGUGCCACACAGCAGGACCCGAGAUGAGGGUUCCGCAGAUAGUCAGUAUCGAUCUGUUCUGGAGAGAUUGUUUCCUUCAGUUUCAUUGCAAUCGCUUGUGACUCUGACUCGUGACGAACUGCUGGAUUUGUUGCGAGAUAGCGUACUUGCCUCAGAUGAACCCGCUCCGCAGUCUCCAGAGAGUCCGGGGGAGGAUCAUGUCUCGCAAUCGUCUUUGGAGAGGAUGUUAAUGGAAAAUGCUGGGAGUGGGGAAGUUAAUGCUGCCAAUGACAAUGACAAUGAUGAUGUAUCGGACGAUGUCAACGCGCUGUCCAUGGCGACGCAUCCGCCGUCCACCUACUUGGGCAUCUCCUCCAUCAAUGCCGUCCUCAAGGUCAUCAAAUGGGUCAAUCCAGAAUCAAUAGCUCGACCGUCCACUACAACCCCAUCGAGAAGCAGCCGAGGAGAAAAAACCAACUCCCUCAUAUCCCCAUCAACUCAAUCCCAAGCAAGCGACCUCCAACUCAUCGACGCCUACUUCAAUUUCAUCCAUCCCUCCAUGCCGCUCAUCGACGAGACCGAAUUCCGACAGACCUACAUAUCCAACACCCGACGCGACGAGCACUGGCUCGCCCUCGUGAACAUGGUCCUCGCCCUAGGUAGCAUCUCCCUCUACCCCAGCGACGACACCUCGCACCUCGCGUACUGCAAGCGCGCACGCCAAUACCUCUCUCUCGAAACCCUCGGCAGCGCGCACAUCGAGACCGUCCAGACCCUCGGCAUCAUGGCCGGCCACUACCUGCACUACAUCAGCCAGCCGAACCUGGCAUACGUGCUCAUCGGGGCCGCGGUACGGAUGGCCACCGCGCUAGGCCUGCACAAGGAAAUCGCAGAUACAGACGAGAGCGAGAGCAGGCCGCUCCGGCCGUCGUCGGUGCCCGUCGAACUGCGCCGGCGAAUCUGGUGGUCGCUGUAUUGCCUUGAUACGUGGGGCUGCAUGACGCUCGGACGGCCGACGCUGGGCCGCUCGUCGAUGGCCGUCUCGACGAAGCCGCCCGUGCAGAAUCUGGGAGUUAACUCAUCCAGCACCCUCAUCCUCAUCGAAAACAUCCGCUUCUGCCAGAUCGCCACGCGCGCACAGGAAGCCCUCGCCGCAUCCCCUCUCCCCCGCUACGCACAACUCCAAGAUUUCGACGCCGAAUUGAUGGACUGGUACGCGCAGCUCCCCUCACUCCUCAAAGCGUACGAGCCCUGCCCGGACUCGAUACACACAGCCCGCACCCUCAUGCGCUGGAGCCUACAUAACCUGCGCAUCCUCCUCUACCGCCCCGUCCUGCUAAGCUAUGCCCUCCGCCGCGUCCCCAACAUCGCACUGCACACCGAAGAGUGUCUCGCGAUCGAAAAGUGCCAGCGGCUCGCUCGCGAGGCGAUCCACGAUAUCGCCGAGGCGGAGUUGAAGAGCCCCUCGGCUGCGUGGGGGGUCAUCUGGCACGGGUUUCAGGCGUCGCUGGUGCCGCUGUUGACGUUGAGUAUCCUCGGCGCGGCGGAGACGGAUGUGGAUAUGGAGGUGGUCGAGUCGUGCAGGGAGCAGAUCGAGGUAGCCAUGGCUGCGAUUACGCGCGUUGAGGCGUGGCAUCCGACUGCGCGGCCGAGUCUGGAUCUCAUUGCGCGGAUUUUCCGGGCAGCGCUGGCUAGGAUGGAGACGUCGUCGUCAGAUGGGACGUCUCCUGCUCCGGCCGGGCGGGUGGAUCCGGUUGAUUUGCAGCAGUGGGGUGUUCAGGACCUGCAGGCCGUCCCGAUGGCGUUUACAGAGAGUGAACUGGGCGUGUCGAGUCAGGAUGUUUGUGAUUUUAUCAGUUGGGCGGGACAUACGGCGUGGUCUGAUGUGGGGGGACAGGCUACGAUGGACCUAUGGUCUGCGCCGGGGUGGUGGCAGGUUUGA